AUGGCUCUCGUGCCCUCGCCUGUGCGCGACAAAUAUCCCCCGCUGGCUGACGACGCGUUUCCCUGGAAGGAGCCCCCCGCAGUCGCAACCACGCCCUGCAAUCCCUGGCCGCCGCCAUACUACCUCGAAGAUGGCCUGCGCAAGGUCACGCCCUACCACUACACCUACAACACCUUCUGCAAGGAGCGUUGGCGGGGGCGCGAGAUCCUCGACAUCUUCUCCAGCGAGUUCCGCGACCGGCCCCGGGAGUACUACGAGCAGGCCAUUGUGGAAGGGCGUGUUGUCUUGAACGGCAAGCCGGUACCGAGCACGAGCACGAUCGUGAAGAACGGCGACAUCAUCUCACACACCCUCCACCGACACGAGCCACCAUGCACCGCGAGCCCCAUUGGCAUCGUCCACGAGGACGACGACAUCAUUGUCAUCGACAAGCCCGCGGGCAUGCCCGUCCACCCGGCAGGCCGCUACAACUUCAAUUCCAUCAUCGAGGUCAUGAGGGCUGACCGUGGAUAUGGGUGGAAACCCCUGCCCUGUAACAGACUGGACCGCUUGACGAGCGGCAUCAUGUUCAUCGGGAAGCACAAGCAGGCAGCCGAAGACAUGAGCGCCCAGAUACGCGGACGGACCGUGAAGAAGGAGUACGUCACUCGUGUUGUGGGUGAGUUCCCUGAAGGCGAGAUAGUGUGCGAGAAACCCAUUCUCCAGAUCAGCCCUAAGCUCGGCCUCAACGCUGUACGCGCAAACGGGAGAGAGUCGAGGACUGUCUUCAAGCGGCUAGCGUACUACCCACCAAACGACCAUGACAAACCGGAGCAAGAGCAACCAGAGCACGGACAUGACGAUGGCCAGCCGUGGAAGAAACUCCGUGGCUACUCCAUCGUGCGAUGCUUCCCUGUCACUGGACGCACUCACCAGCUGCGUGUGCAUCUGCAAUACCUUGGCCAUCCCAUCUCGAACGAUCCCAUAUAUGCCAACCAGCGCGUCUUUGGCCCUUCGCUCGGACGUGGCGUGUCUGAAGAUGAAAACGACGAAGACAUCAUGGCCCGCCUGUCGCGCAUGGGAAAGGAAGAUGUCGCCGAUGCCGUCGCCUACCACGACGAGAUGGUGGAUGCCUACAACAAGAGGAAGGCUGAAAAACAGACCGGUGAGACAUGUGACGUGUGUGAUACGCCGCUGUACAGCGAUCCAGGCACACACGAGCUGGGCAUCUACCUGCAUGCAAGGAGAUACAGGUGUGAGGAGGGAAGAUGGGACUACCAGACAGGUCUUCCCGACUGGGCUCUACCGCCGCCAGGCUAUCAAGGGCCUACCGAGAGCACAAAGGAGAGCGAUCCAUUGGCGGUCGACUUGCAGAAGCUCGGAAUAGCAGACGAGCAGGUCGCGCAGAAAGCAAGGGGCCAGAACUGA